AUGUCAAGGGUUACAAGAUCUCAGACUAGUCUGAUAAAGAACAGGAAUGAAGAGCCGAAGCUAUCUGAUGAAGAACCAAAAACCCCUAAAAGAAAAAAUAGAAGAAUACAGCAAAAUAUGGACAUGUUACGCUCUAAGAUCAACAGACCCGCAUUUAAGUCUAGAUCUGUUAAUGGAACUCCUAAGAAGAUUGAUAAAAAGGAUGCUUCGGGUGGCCAUUACGUGGAACGGGUUCAACAGUGGGAACCACUGAUCACUCCAAACAUAGAGUGGAUAUCACCAGAGUUGAAACCCUACAUACGAAGCCUGUACAAGUUCAAGAUGUUGAAAGAUAUGAAUUUGAGUCUAUUCACUAUUAAUCUUCUAAAGAGUGACAUUGGAGAGAUGGAUCAGAGAGAUGAGCACCUAGCCGCUAUGCUGCAUACACAGAAUAGUGAGAUUGGAGCUGAUGCAGAGAUGGAUAGGAAGUUUUAUGAGCAUUUUGGAAUCCAAUACGACGAUACUUACCCCAGUUCUGUCAUGAACAAAUCCAUUACUUUUCAUUAG